AUGCAGCAGCAACCCGUGCGCUCGGAUACCAUUCUGGGGCGGCCAGGGAAGCAGAAGAAGACCCGGGGAGCGUCCGUCGUAGGGACGAGCUCAGUCCUGCCCCCGCCUGCCCCGCUACAGCCCGACAAUCCUGACCACGCGCACAUGCUGGCGAACGUCUGGAUGAACGCAGCGAAGCUGGCAGAGUUGGUGAAGACGGAAGGCCUUGUCUACAAAAAGGGAAAGUUUUCUGCAACGGAAGAGGCGCAGCUGAAUGGUGCGAUCGAACGGUACCAGGCGCAAAAAGGCCUAACUCCUGCAGAGCUUGAUCAGGUCAUAUUUUCCAACAAGAUGGGCAAGGAAAAAGGGCAUGAGUCGUUUUGGGCAGAAAUUACCUCGGCGAUACAACUACGUCCUAUCAUCGCUGUGUAUCAUCACGUACGUCGGGCGCGGCAUCCAUUUGCCAACAAGGGGGCUUGGACAAAGACCGAGGACGACUUGCUAGUUCAGUGCUGUAGGUCUGUUCAAGAGCAUGGACAGCAAUGGGAAAAGAUCAGUGAUAUGGUCCAGCGUAUGGCUGGCGACUGUCGUGACAGGUAUCGCAAUCAUUUGCAAGAUCGUUCUGUCCGACAUACCGGACAAUGGUCCAAGGAAGAGGAAGAGGAGUUGAUCAACAUUGUAACGGAUAUGACCGUGAACCAAGGCAAAGAUAUGGAUAACGACAUCUUCUGGGGUGUUGUGAGUCAGCGCAUGGGCGGCAAGCGGGGUCGACAACAAUGUAGGAUCAAAUGGACGGACUCGCUGGCGCCACAGAUCAAGAACACCGGCGAGCGUCCCCGAUGGGGUCCGAUGGAUGCAUAUAUUCUUGUUCACAAAGUGGAUUCCAUGAACGUGCGGGACGAUACCGAGAUAGAUUGGAAGCUGCUUCCGGACGACCAUUGGAACAUAUGGAGCGCCCACUCUCUACAACGGCGCUGGCUGACCAUGAAGCGCGGCAUCAAGGGCUUCGAAGAGAUGUCUCAUGCUGAAAUCAUGGAGAUCUUAAAGACGAAGAAAGCACAAUCGCCACCACCUUCGUCUGCUAGCAAAAAGAAGAAGAGUAAAUAUAUCAGCGCCGAGGCUGUCAAUGAUAUCGAUGAUAUCGACGUGCAGAUGGAGCUCGAACCUGGCUCAAGCAUGAGCCACGGGACCAUGGGACACUAG